CGCAAGAAACAUGCCCCGUUCUCCCUGUUCCUUCUUUUCACAGCCCUCUCGUCCUCGCGGCCCUGCCUCCCUGCCAGUGACAGCUGGCCAAGAGACAAUCAACGCAGGGACGGCUAGCAGCGUGAUUACGUCAGCUGUAAGGCGGGAGGAAAAAUGCCAAAUUUUUCAGCAGCAGGGGAAAACUGUACGAAUCCGGAUACGGCUCCCUAGUUUAGCGAACGGUCCUUAACCCCGGAGAACAUACCGGCGUUUCGGGGAGCACGGUGGUGCUUUUGAGGCCUCCCGUACUCUUGUUUGCCUGUUUCAGUGCACGGUGCUCUUCCUGUGCUGGGGUUGCAGUGGUUUUGUGGACAUCCAUUCAUUGAUCCAGCAGCUACAAGCACGGACAUGUCGCAGAAAGUAAUCAAAGGCACCAUUUUGUGUUUGCACGGGUUCGCCCAGAACGGGGUGGUCUUCUCGACCAAGGCCUCGGGCAUCAGAAAGGCCUUGAAGAAGGCAGGCUACCACACGGUCUUUGUGGACGGGCCGAUCGAGCUCACGGCUGCAGACCUCCCCUUCACGGCGGCGAAGUUGGGUGCCGAUGACAAGGCGGAGGAAGUCAACUUCCGAGGCUGGGUGUACACGCAGCCAGAGAAGUUCGACAUCCAGCCGUCGUUGGACGUGAUCAAGAAGGCGUACGAGGAGCACGGGCCGUUCAUCGGGAUUAUGGGCUUCUCGCAGGGCUCGGGGGUGGCGGGCGCCAUUCUCUCGUCCUUUGCAGACGUUGUUGGCGACGAAAAGGCCCUCGACACGCUCAAGUUCGCCAUCAUCUACUCGGGCUUCAAGUUCGAGAACCCCUCCGUGCAGCACUACUACGACAAGAAAAUCGCCCUGCCAACGCUGCACGUCAUGGGCGAGCUCGACACGUUGGUCUCCAACGAGCGCUCGCUGGACCUCGCUGCCCUGUGCGAGGACGCCACCAUCCUGAAGCACCCCGGCGGCCACUACUGCCCAAGCACGAAGGACCUGCUCAAGACGGAGGUUGCGUGGGUCAACAGCGUCGUCGACGGCACCAGAGAGAAGGACGCCAAGGCCGACGACGAGGCCAAGAAGGACAGCGCCGCCGCCGAGGACGAGAUCAGCAAGCUCUCCAAGGACUUGGAGGGUCUCGGCAAGGCCUGAGAGGACCGUGCAGCGCCAAGCUGCGACUUCGCAGCACAGACACAAACUCCAAAACCCUGAUAUAUAGACAUAAGUUAAUGGAUAGAUGUGCUGGAUAUAUAGACAGAUAGGCAGGUAGGUAGAUAGAUGUAGAUAGAUAAACAGAGCCCUUCACUGUCGCACCC